AUGGACAGGGACAUGGAAUCGCUCUUGGUAGUACAGGCCAACCUGCAAAGGAAAGACGCGGCCACCACAGAAUUAAUAAUGGAGGGACAAAGGAGAAAGGUAUCAGUGGCGCUGGUACAGGAACCGUACGUGGGGAAGGAAGGUAAAAUGAAGAUCUACGGAGGCACCAGAAUCUUCCAGUUCGUAGGUAAAGCAGAGAAGGUGGUCAAGGCUGCUAUCGUGUUAUUUGAUCCAAAUACCGAUGCAACACUUUGUCCAGACCUCACCACACCAAACAUCGUCGUGGUAAAAGCAAAAACCUACGAGCAGGACGUGCAUCUCGUAUCGUUCUACUUCGAGCCCACACCCACGCCCAUUGAACCUUACCUAAACGACCUCCGGAAGAUCUGGAACUCGGUGGGCCCAAACGUCAUCUUUGCAGGUGACGCCAACGCCAAGAGCGACCUCUGGGGGGGGCAGGAUUACGGAUAG